ACUGCAAUCACAUCAUUCAAAUCAUUAGUGUCAGUUUCCCACAACAAAAAAAAAAUCUAAAAUUUGCGUUCUACUUCUUAAACAAUAAAAACCAUAAAAAUUAUUAUAAUAUGAACAUUUCAUAACAUUUUCACGAAACGCAUUGGUGAUAAAAUUGAACUUCAGAACCUUAAAGACCGUGGAAUGGCCCUAACUAGACCGCGUUGUGGCAUUUUCUUUGUUACAAAAUCGUUCGAAAUUUCUGGCGUAAAUCUCUAUUUUUAAACCUUUAUCCUUUCUAAUUUUUUUUAUAUAACCCUUUGUAAGCAAAUUACUAAAUAAUGCUUAGUAAUAACUAGUUUGGAGAAUAACAACCAACAAAUCAGCUGAUGCAGCCAUGACCAACUAUGCAUCAUUACAAGAGACACCAGAUUUUUACGGGGAAUAUGCGACUGGGGAAUAUGGGAUCCCAAAUCAUCAUAUGUCUGAACCAACCCGGUCCCAAUGGAACCACAUUCAAGAUCUCGACUCUUUUUUUACCAGGGUCUACAAAUACCAUCAGAAGCAUGGAUUUACUUGUAUGGCUGUGAAGGAGCUUGUAGAUCUUCAUCAAUUCGUAUUCUUAUCAGGAUUAACAUUUUGUUUGAUGUAUGCUGUAAGAUAUGAUCUCCUGUUCAACCAUCAAGGAGAGCACCAUCAUGAAUGGAUUUUUUCUGUACUUAAACCAUUCGAUGAGGUUAUGACAACUCUGCCUGGAACUGGUUGGAUAUUGUUAAUUUUCUUAUUGAUAGCGUUUAUAAUUAAUGCAAUUAAAAAGCUGUACAGUAUGGUUAGGUAUUGGGAUAUUAAGCAAUUUUAUAAUCAAGCCUUGAAGAUAAACGAUAAUGAGUUGGAUAAUAUGACUUGGCAUGAAGUACAAAAAGGAUUGAUUCAGGUGCAAUUAGACCUACAAAUGUGUAUUCAUAAGAGAGAAUUGACUGAACUAGAUAUUUAUCAUAGAAUUUUAAGGCAAACGAAUUAUUUAGUAGCUCUAGUUAAUAAAAGAUUGUUACCACCGCGGAUUAACGUACCUUUUCUUGGGGAAAUUGUUUAUUGGACUAAAGGUCUUAGAUUGAACAUAAUGUUUUUGUUGUUUUGGAGCCCAUGGUCGCCCUUUGAAAACCCUUGGCACUUAAGGGAAGAAUACAAGAGACCAGGCUAUAGGGAAAAGAUGGCGAAGCAACUUAGUAGACAAGUUUUAUGGUUGACUUUAGUAAACCUUUUAGCGAUGCCAGCAGUUUUUAUAGUACAAAUUAUCUUUUACUUCUUCAAUUACUUUGAAUCGGUAAGAAAAGAGCCUGGAAAGUUUGGAAUCCGAUAUUGGUCACAUUACGGACAACUAUAUUUCAGGCAUUUUAAUGAGCUUGAUCAUGAACUUCACUCGCGCCUCACGAGGGCAUAUAAACCGGCAACAAAAUAUCUUAGUUCCUUUUCAUCGCCACUGUUGGUGAUUAUAGCGCAGCACGUCGCUUUCUUAUGCAGCUCCUUCUUGGCAAUUUUUAUUUGUAUUAGUUUUUUGGACAACGAAAUACUUUAUUGGGAUCAAGUUUUGACUAUGUUAGCUAUCCUCACAGGUGUGAUAACAAUGUGUCGAAGUAUGCAACCUGAUGAGACACUCAUUUGGUGUCCCGAACAGUUGCUAGAAGCCGUUGUAUUACACACUCAUUAUUUACCGGGGGAUUGGCAAGGAAACGCGCAUACUGCAAGAAUUAGGGCCAGUUUUCAACAGCUCUUUCAAUACAGGUUUGCAGCUCUACUAGAAGAAUUCCUCUCUCCAAUCUUGGUGCCCUUUUUCUUGCUCAAGUAUAUCUACCCGCGCACCCUAGAUUUCGUCGAUUUCUUUCGCAACUUUACCAUAUCCGUGGUCGGCGUAGGGGAUGUAUGUAGUUUCGCUCAAAUGGAUAUCAGGAAACACGGAAAUCCCGACUGGCAGGACGAAAAAACGACCGCGGAAGCCGGUGACGAAAGUAUAAUGUCCAACCAAUACGAUCAGGCGGAAGACGGCAAGGUGGAAUUGUCGUUGAUGCACUUUACCGUCACUAAUCCUAAUUGGCAACCGCCGCAGGAGGCUAUGGAUUUUGUUGAGCAGGUCAAUUUGGAGUCUCAUGGACUUUUGAAUAAUUCGGAUUAUAAUUACUACCGAGGCCGCAGUCUGGAUCCGGUGAAUGGCCCUUUUGGAGUGCUAUCCAGCAUGGAAUUGCUAAACGGUUCGCCGGCGGAUGAACCCGUGCGUGGACGCUCCGCUUCGGCCACAAUGCGCCCUUCGAUCUUCAAGGGAGCCAUCCGUUCCUCGAUCUUGUCACCGCCCAUGCGAUCUUCGUUUUUGCAACCGGGCAGCACCGCAGGCUCUAGAAUAAGCAUGUUUAAUCUACGUUCCGAGGGACCGGACCAGUUUACCACCGAACAGAACAUGCGCGCGAGCACUGUUAUAUUACACAAUCGGAACGUUAUGAGGAAAUCUCUACGAUUUGUUCAGUCGGCCGGAGAGACCACACCACUUCUGUCUAAUAAUCAGCAGUAACGAUUUAGUGAAAUAUACGGACAGUUGAGUCGCCCGCGUACCAUAUUUAGUCUCUUGUACAUAUAAUUUUGCUUAAAAUAAGUGAAAUAGUAAAAAUAUUUUUGCCAUAAAUUUAGUUAUUGAAUUAAUGAGAAAAUGGUGAUUCCAUCUAGCCUUAGGUGCGUUUAAUAAAGACUUGUUUUUAAUACAGGUGGAUUGAUAUAUGAAACAAGUUGUUUUUUCGUAUUACUUUAAUGACAUGUGUACAUAUAUAGAUAAUAAUAUACAAUUAACUUAUUUGUCUAUUAAA